AUGUCUUCGUCGUCUUCUUCUUCAUCACAGGAUACUGAAGCAGGCGGAGACGGCGGCGGAGGAAGAGGUGGUGGUGAAGGUCCAUCGUCGUCUCGCCGCCGCUUCGGCAACCGAGUCUGGCCGGAGCCUUUCAUCGAAGCUCUCGCUUCUCAAGUCGCCAUUGAUGCGUCUCGCUCCAUUGACCGCCUAGCUGCCGCACGCGCCCUCUUCAAUGUCUUUCAGGUAUGUUCCACGUGGCUAGCCGUAUCUCGCUCGGACCUCCUAUGGCAGAAUCUCACAUCCAGUAUUUGGAAUCGCCACCACCUCCUCCACGAUACAUGGUGCGACGAGUACAUUUACCGCCACCGCACAGCCCACAACUUCCGGGUAGGACAGUACAUCUACUCAACCCUCCACUUCAUCCCCUCCGAAGACGACGACAACGAUGGCCUCUCCUGCCGCCGCCUCGCUCUCUCCGACAACUUCCUUGCCGCCGGCUUCUCCAAUGGCUCUGUCCGCCUCUUCCACCUGCCCACCAGACUCCACCUCUCCACCUUUCAAUCCCACCAACGCGAUCGUAUCGGCCGCUUCUCUCCCGCAAUCUCCGGGAUCAUCCUCUCCGACACCCAGCUCGUCUUUGCCUCGCUUGACGGGGACAUCCACGUUGCAGCCACCGACGUUGGACCUCCAGCGCGGAGAACCCACUUGGGUAACCAGGUCAAUGAUGGGGUUUUGGUCGACUUUACUGGCUGUGCCCGCUGGUGGGUUGGCCUGUACGCAGGUGUUCCAGGUCGUGCCUUUCACGUGUGGGAUGGUGCGACUGAGGAACUCCUCUUCGUUGGCGGGACGCUGACAGACCAGGAGGCGGUAAUGGGUUGGCACCUACUCACUGAGCUGACGGUGUUAAUAGGCCGAAUCAGAAUCACGGGUCAGGAAUCGGCGGUGGCAUGUACGAGUCCUAGGGUUAUUGUAUUUGACCUAGCAAACCAAGGCAUCGUGUUUGGGGAGGAAGAGUUUCAGACAGGGUUAAUUGUGGGCUCGGUUGACGCUAACAACGACGCAUUCAUUGUUGUCGACAGUCGUGGUGUGGCUAGUGUGCGCCGGGCUGGUACUCUGGAGGAGGUGUGUAGGUUUACGGUGAGGGGCGCCUCUCAGAGGAGUGUUCUGGGGUGUAUGAACGGUGGAUACGCACUAAUGUGCGCCGGGGGCGUAAUAAAUGUGUGGGAGGUAGAGCAGCAGGGACAGCACCUAUACAGAUUUAACGAGAGAAUAGGUGAAGCAAAUGCUCUGAUUGCUGAUGAUAGAUACGUGGCAGCUUGUUCCAGUGAUGCAACCAUACACUUAUGGGACUUUGGAGCACAAUAG